AUGCCUUUUUCACGCUCAAUAAACGUCGUUGGCUGCCAUUCCGAAGGAGAAGUUGGCGAUGUGAUCAUUGGUGGCGUCUUGGAUGUUCCCGGUAAAACGAUGUUCGAGAAGCUUGUCCAUUUCGAAACGAACAAAGAUAGCCUGCGUCAACUGCUUCUCAACGAGCCUCGCGGCCGGGCGUCGAUGAACACAAAUCUCGUGCUUCCUCCAUGCGACCCUCGCGCCGAUGCCGGCUUCUUGAUCAUGGAGAGCGAGGAAUACGCGCCCAUGUCCGGAUCCAACAUCAUUUGCACCACGACUGUGCUACUGGAAACUGGGAUGAUUCCCAUGAAGGAGCCUGUUACUGAGGUCAGCUUGGACACCGCUGCCGGGCUGGUCACAGUCACUGCAGAAUGCAAAGCAGGGAAAUGCCAAAGCGUGGAGUUUGACAACGUCCCUGCCUUCGUUCUGGAACUUGACUAUAAAGUCAACGUUCCUGGAAUUGGCGAGGUAUCUGUUGAUAUUGCAUACGGGGGAAUGAUGUAUGUCUUGGUGGAUGCCGCUUCUCUAGGACUGAUGAUCAGCAAUCAACACGCUCGUCAGAUGGUUGAGAUUGCGGAGAGAAUCAAACGUGCAACGGAAGCUGCUUAUACUCCCGUGCAUCCCGAAAACCGUGGGAUCAAGGGGUUCAGCGUUCUAGAGUUCAUGGAGCCGUUGAAAAUAGAAGACGGGGUGAGAGUGGCCACGAAUGCUGUCGUCGUUUCACCUGGGCGAUUCGAUCGCAGUCCCUGUGGUACUGGAACGUGUGCUCGGCUAGCGGUGAUGCAUGCCAGGGGCCAGAUUCAAGAAGGAGAAGUAUUUAAGCAUCGCAGCAUCAUAGGCACUGAGUUCACUAGCCGGAUCAGGGGUACCACAACAGUCGGAAAGUACAUGGCUGUUCUACCAACCGUUAAGGGUCGAGCUUGGAUUACAAGCUUCAAGCAGGUCGUCCUAGACUCAACCGAUCCUUUCCCAGAAGGAUUUAGAGUAGGUGACCAGUGGCACAUGCCACCAAAUUAAGCAAUUUUCAAUCCCAUCUCAGAGUUGCAUGAAGGAUGUUCGGAC